AUGUCGUCGCUGUCAUGGGAUUAUAUCGCCAAACUCGUGUGUAUUGGAGAUAGCGGGACAGGAAAGAGCUCCCUUACCAUUCGUCUUUGCGAAGGACGUUUCAGUCCGCAUCAUGAUGUUACCAUUGGUGUCGAAUUUGGAUCUCGAAUCGUUCCCGUCGGACCUCCGAAUGCAGAACCGCCCAAACCCAAACCAAGUAUCUCGCGCGACCCAUCCCAGGUAGAAAUAUCAAGUGGGUUGCCGGAGCCCAGACGCGCAGUACCAGAAGUCGAACAGAAGCAUAUGAAGCUCAGUUUAUGGGAUACAGCUGGGCAGGAAACAUACAAGAGUGUGACGAGGAGCUACUUCCGUGGAGCUUCUGGAGCGUUGCUGGUGUUUGAUAUCUCAAGGCGACCUACCUUUGCUCACGUCCAAGAUUGGCUCAACGAUUUGAGGCAGAUUGCGGAGCCAGACAUCGUGGUGGUGCUAGUGGGAAAUAAGAGUGAUUUGGCAGCAGGCGACGAGAACAAAAGAGAAGUGACCAAAGAAGAAGCUGAGGAAUGGGCAAAGAAGAAUGGCGUGCUUGAAUAUGUUGAGACCAGCGCCAAGAGUGGUGAAGGUGUUGAGAUGGCUUUCGGACGAGUGGCAGAAAGAAUUUACCAGAACAUCGAAGCCGGGAAAUACGACUUGAACGACAGACGAUCGGGAGUGAAAGGCUCAAAUGUCAAAGGUGCACCACGAGGAAAUGUCAAGCUUAGCGCGCCACCGAGAAGUGGUGGAUAUGGAUGUUGUUAA